AUGGUCCAAACCAUAUUGAUCGCACGCCAUGGAUUUCGACUGAGUUGGGUUACCAGCAACUGGACCAGCCCUACGAGCACCAAGAAGGACCCACCACUGGCUGCCUACGGGGUUGCGCAGGCGGCUGAUCUAGCGAAGUAUAUAAAAAGUCUUCCAGAAGAGCAAAGACCUUCUUUAUUAUUUAGCUCUCCUUAUUAUCGGUGUUUGCAAACUUCGAACCCCUCCUCUGAAAUCCUCGACCUCCCUAUCUAUGUCGAACAUGGUCUCAGCGAAUGGUACAGUCCGGUUAUCCCUGGAACAGGAUUACAUCCCCGACCCCACGAUGCCACUACCUUGAAGCAAUAUUUCCCAUCAAUUGAUGCUUCAUGGGAAAGCAUUUACUAUCCCGAUCGACAUGGAGAAACCGUCAAGGGUGUACAUGACCGCUGCGCCGAGUUUCUUGACGCCCUUGUCGCUCGGAUUGAACAGCAUCCUACUCUUAGCAAACACAAGAGUAUAUUACUCGUAUCCCACGCCGCUACUUGUGCCGCACUCGUCCGCCACCUUGUGAAUGACCGCGAACUUCCGAUCCGAGUGGGAACUUGCACACUUUCGAUCCUAGAGCGAAACAAUAAUUCUAGCGAUGGGCCCAAGUGGAUUCCUCAAGGAACCCUUGCUGGGGCAGACUUUUUACCGGGGGGUGUAGAGAGGGACUGGGGGUUCGAAGACGCUAUCAUCAAGCAUGGUGAGGUUAUUGGGGAUCCAGGAGUGGUUCAGAAAGAAGAUCCAGGUUUUUCUGGCCUUGUUCCCGAUAAAGCGUGA